AUGUCAUCAGGGCCGUUCGCCGGCGGCCAGCCACCGCAAACACCUCAGCAGCCUCAGCCGCCGCAGCCACAGCAGCAUCACCAGCAGCAGCCGUACGCCAUGGAUCUGGGGCUCGGGUAUCCGGCCGCUGCGGCUGCGGCGGCCGCCAUGGGUGAGGCGUACCGCGCGCAGGGCGUCGUGUUUGGGAGGCAGCUGGACUACCAGGCGCUGGCGGAGGAGAACCGGCAGCCGCAGAGGCGACGACGGCAGCACCAGGAGCAGCAGCACGGCGACGCUGGCGGAGGAGCCAACGCGCCGAUGGCGCAGAUCGGCGCCCAGGAUAAGCAGCAACAGCAGCACAUGGGUCAGUUCGGCAUCCUGGCACCGACGCCGGUGCCCGUUCCGCACCCGUGCCAAGCGUCCAUGCACCCGGCUGGCAUUGGUCAGCCGACGGUGCGCUUCGCGCCCGCCAUGCAGCUUGAGACGGGGGCUGUUGCCGAUGUCGCGCCGGUAGCGCAGGGCAAGCUGGGAGGCAAAAUCGUUGUGGACCCUCCCGACUUGCAAACCUGGCGGGAGAAGCUCUUCAACGUCGACGAGAUGAUUGUCCUCACGCAGGAGCAAUUCGAAACGUACUUCCCCCACGUGGACAACGUCUACUCCCACAGAUCCACGCAAAAGUACAAGCGCAAGCCGUUCGUCUCCCACUACUGGGACUGUCGCAUGAAGGGCCGCCCGCCCGGCACGCCCAAGACGGAGGACCCCAGCAAGAAGCGACGCCGGCGCAGCGCGCGCGCCCGGGACCUCUGCGACGUCAAGAUCAAGAUCACCGAGUACUUCCCCAGCGCGGAGCCGCUGCAGCUGGACGCUGGCGGCGGGGACGUGGCGGCGGCGGCGGCGGCGGUGGCGGCGGGCUACCACGGGCAGCGCUUCUGGACCAUCCAGCGCGUCAACGGCAACGGCGGCAACGGCAAGGGCGACGGCGUCGCCGGGCCGCACAAGCACACGCUGGCCAAGAGCGACGAGAUCAAGAAGAACAGCGUCCAGCGGCACGUCGCCACGCAGGACAAGGAGGCUAAGCGGGCGCAGCCGGCGCAGCGGCGGCCCACCGGCAACGCGGCGGCCACCGCGAGGAGGCACGCGCGCGAGGCCGCGGGCAGCGACUACAUCAAGCUCUACGCGGCUUGCUACUGCCCGUUCUCGCAGCGCGUCUGGAUCGCCCUCGAGGCCAAGGGCGUCCCGUACCAGUACUGCGAGGCGGACCCGCACCGCAAGCCCGCCGCCCCGACCCUGCUCGAGGCCAACCCGAAGGGCCAGGUGCCCGCCAUUCGGCAGGGCGAUUGGGCCUGCGCCGAGUCGGCGGUGAUUCUGGAAUACAGAUUUGGGGGGGGAGGGCAGAUCGAAGAUUUGGACUCGCGCGUGCCGCUGCUACCAUCGGACGCGCGGCUAAAGGCCAACUGCCGCUUCUGGAUCAACCAUAUCAACACCGACCUCCUUCGCGCCUUUUACGCGCUCCUCCAGAACACGGACCUCUCGCGCCAACCUGACCUCGUCGAGCGCCUGCGUGCGCAGCUCGAUCGGCUCGCGCAGGCCGCCGACGAGCGCGGGCCGUACUUCCUCGGCGAGGCGCUGAGCCUCGUCGACGUGCACCUCGCGCCGUUCGCGCUGCGGCUGCGUACCGUCCUUCAGCCGCGGCGCGGCUGGCUGGCGGCGGCGGCGGCGGCGUCCUCAUCGCGCUGGGCGCGCUGGCUGGACGCCCUGGAGCGCGACCCCCACGUCAAGGCGACGACAAGCGCCGAUGACUUGUACGCGGACACGGCGGAUACGUUCAUUAGUAGCUCGGCGACGUUUUGA